AUGUCGAAUCCGUUUGAUCAGUUCGCCGUGGAUUUGCAGGCGGCUCUUCCACCAGGUGCAGCUCCUCCAGCCCCUGCUGCUGCUCCUGCUUAUGAUCCAAAUGCCAGUUUGAUGGCUCAGCCACCGGCAGCAGCAGCAGCCAGACAACCCGUCAUGAACAGCCCUGUCAUGAAUUCUCCUAAUGGCUAUGGUGGUCCGCCUCAGCAGGGUGGAUAUGGACAGCAACCCCAAUACGGAAUGCCACCUCAGCAGCAGCCACCAAUGCAGCAGAGCAUGGGAGGAAUGAAUAUGAGCAUGAGUUCGGGCAUGAUGGCGCCACCUCCUGCUGGCCCUCCAGCUGCAGGAAGCUUUGGAGGAUAUGAUCCCAACCAGUCUCAAUCAACCAUGGGAAUGGCUGGUGGCUAUGGAGCCCCGGCUCCUCCAUCUGAUCCUGGUUUUGGAGCUGGACCGCCCUCGGGUCAUUUUUCGGCUCCUCCUGCCGGUGGACCCCCAGCUGACAAUAGCAAUCCGUUUGGGUCUCCAGGAAUGGCGCCACCAGCUGGAGACUCGGCGAAUCCUUUUGGAGCUCCACCAGGUGCCCCACCAGCCGCUGACCCAUCGUAUGGUUUCGGUGCUCCACCCGCCGCGCCCCCAGCUGCCGAUAAUAGCAAUCCAUUUGGAGCUCCUCCUGGUGGACAGCCCGGAUAUGGAGCCCCGCCUGGUGGGCAGCCUGGAUUUGGAGCCCCACCCGCUCCUCCCCAAGAUUACGGAAUGCCCCCGCAACAGCAGUCGGGAUACGGUGCUCCCCCUGGUGGGCCACCUGGUGGCGAUCAAUAUGCCGAUCCAUGGGGUGCCCCUGGAGGUGGAGCUCCUGCCCCACCUGCCGAUCCCAAUAUGGGCGCUCUAGCCCUCGUCCCAGCUCAGCAGCAAUCCAACCCCUACGCGGCCUAUGGAGCACCGCCACCCCCUCAGCAACCACCUGCUCCUGCCAAUGAUCCUUACGGCGCCCCUGUUGGCAAUCCAUACGGAGCGCCACAGGCACAGCAGCCACCCCCCAAUGACCCAUACGGCGCCCCUGGUGCCAAUCCAUAUGGAGCGCCACCGCAACAGCCACCUGCCAAUGAUCCUUACGGCGCCCCUCCUGCUAAUCCUUAUGGAGCACCACCGGCCCACGAUCCUUACGGUGCCCAAGCGAAUCCAUAUGGGGCACCACCUCAACAGCAAUCCCAGGCUCUUACGCCCUAUGGAGGGCCUGCUGCUGCUGAUCCAUUCUCAGUCUUUGAGCAAUCGAGCGCCCCACCACCAGCUCCCCCUGCGCCAGCCCCUGUGGCCCCUCAACAACAACAAGCAUUGGUUCCGGCGAACCCAGCUGCUUCGGCGGACAGUCUCUGGGGAGAUUUGGGAUUCGAUGCCCCACCAACGGCAGACCCACCUGCCCCAGCUGCUCCUGCACCAGCAAUCGAGGCCAAUCCCACUCCAGGACACACGGAAGAAAAGAAAACCAGCGAUGGAAACUUGCCUCCCGGCGGAGAGUACUAUGAUGCUCGUAUUUUUACCCCCACUUUGGGAGUUAUGUUUUUCAAGCCACAAGAGCUUACCGACUCGUUGUUCUUGAAUACCGACCAAGGUAUUGUCGAUGGUCUUGCCGAACGUCCCGUGGUUGCUUUCAUUGUCGAGGGAUCGUCUGCUCGCGCCGCCGGCGUCGAAUUGGGACACGUUUUGCUAAAGGUCAACGGAGUCGAUGUCAGAAACCCCAAGGAAGCCUCACGGUUGAUCAAGGAAGGACCACGUCCUCUUCCUCUGCUCUUUUACGUCCCCAACACGGAUGUUGUUGUGGCAGAAGGCGAACACAUGGUCAAGUAUGAUACCCGCGAAACUACAGCUCCCAACAGUGCUAAGGACUGGAAGCCCAAGUAUGUUGUCAUUGGAGGAAUUAUUGCCCAGCCAUGGAUGAUGAACAUGUAUCGUUCCAAGUCCGAGUAUGAUAUUGCCGUCAUUGAGACUCAAGCGCGACGACCAGUGUCUGUCAAGGUGAAACAGUUUUCGUUGCAAGGGGCUCGUAUUCAAAACGACUGGCAAGGUCCACAGAUGGUCAAGUACAAGAAUAAGAUCCACCCGUGGAAAUACAUCGUGAUUCUCCCUGUGGCCCGUAACCCCAUCAAGAUUUCAUCCCCCAACCUGGCGCAGCUGAAGCCAGUUCAUGAGGGAAUCCGUCGUGUGCUAUUGGCCCAGAAUCGGGACCGUAGCUACAAUUCACAACAGGCUCCAGUUCGCCAACACCAACACCGUGACCAGUAUGGGCACAACGGCCACGACGGAUACCAUGGAGGUCAUCAUCAACAACAACAGCAGCAGCAGAUGACUCAGUAUCAAGGUCACCAGCAGCAGCAGCAAUACAAUUACUGA